AUGCAAUACGUGAAAGCGGCAGGACGCCGCAUAAAGCUCAGCUGGAACAAGCCUCGACGGACUGAUUCCUGGAUACUGGCCAGUAAAGUUCUGCUGUGUUGGAUAGCAGUUUCCAUAGUGCAGAACAUCGCCUACGGAUUGUAUCCAGGUCGCUUUUGCUGGAAGCAGAACCAGUUUGUGUUUAACAAGUUGCUGGGCAUUUAUUGUUUGGCUGUUGCCACGUUCUUUGGCAUAUUCUAUGGAAAUCGCAUAUGGGAAGAUUACGAUAACGGGAAAAUCGAUCUACGCAAUCCCAUUCAGAUUUAUUGCUAUAUGAAUGCCUGUGUGGGCCUGUUCAACUACGUCACUCAGUGGACCAUAAUGCCCGAAAUAUUGAGUUUUCAAAAUAGUAUACCUUUAUUUAGCACCAUCAACUUUUUAAAUAUAUCGAUGAGAUCGGCGGGACGACCACUGGUGUUGGCCUGCCUCAAAUGGUUCGGUUGCCCAUUGCUGUUGCAAUUGACUCUAACGCUGUACCAUUCGCAGCAAAAUUGGAUGAUCACUCUUAAAAUAAUGAUUCCCAUUUAUCUGGCCAAUCAGAUUAAUAACUGUUUCUUUGGCAGCAUGGUAAUGGCCGAGCUUGUAAUCGCCGAGAUUAACAACAAAUUGCGCAGCAUUGUCGCCGAAGUCAAUAGAUUGCAGACACCAUCGGAGAUGAUCCUGCAGAAGCGCUUCUAUCGCAUGCAGCGUUUCUGUGACUUGGCCGAUCGCGUAGACGAGUUGAAAAAUAAAUAUACGAUGUCAACGGGUUACUCGAUUGCAUACUUGGAGCUCACCGCCUUCUCGCUUGUCGUCUCGAUGGCCAUCAAUUUGAUCAGCACAACGCUGGGUUGCUACACAUUGUAUCAGGCUGUUGCGGAUCAUCUUCUGCUCGAGCAACCGUAUAAUGUGAUUCAAAGCUUGGUCCAUUUGGUUUUUAUUGUGGUUCCGUUUACGGAAAUGUAUUUGCUGGCGCGUAUCAGCCAGAAAGCUAUCGAGCAGGCCAAGGAGACGGGUAAUAUGCUGCAGCAAAUCAAUCAGGAGCACGCCGAUAUACGUUUUAAGCAAGUUGUGGAUGCAUUUUGGUUGGAUGUGUCCCUGAUUAAAUACAAGUUAGUGCCGAUGGGUCUGUUUGAACUGAACAACUCAGUGACCAAUAUAAUUUUGUCAACGGUUGCCGGAUUUUUAUUGUUUCUCAUCCAAAACGAUCUUACGCUCAGAUUUUCGCUCAAUUAA